AUGUAUAUGGCUGCAUAGUUUUAGCCUUGUGUUUUAGUAAAAGAAGACCAAUUAAUAGAAAAAGAAGAAGAACCAUUCUGUACCUUUUUUCAAAUUUAUCACAGAUUUAAAUUUAGUUUAAGUUCAAAUAAUUAUUUAUAUAAUGGCAAAAUCUAUUACGUUUGUGACUGGAAAUAGUAAAAAACUAGAAGAAUUGGUAGCCAUAUUGGGUAAUUCAUUUCCUAGAAAAAUAAUUAGUGAAAAAUUAGAUUUGCCAGAGUUGCAAGGCGAAAUAGAUGAUAUUUGUAUGAAGAAAGUUAAAACUGCAUAUGAACAAAUUAAAGGACCUGUUUUAGUGGAAGAUACUUGUUUGUGUUUUAACGCACUUAAGGGUUUACCUGGACCUUAUAUAAAAUGGUUUUUAGAAAAACUGGGUGCAGAUGGUCUCUAUACAAUGUUAGCAGGAUUUGAUGAUAAAACUGCAGAAGCAGUAUGUACUUUUGGAUACUAUUCGGGUCAAGAGAAUGCAGAAGUUAUUCUAUUUCAAGGUCGAACACAAGGUACAAUUGUUAGUCCAAGGGGUCCUCGUGAUUUUGGAUGGGAUCCGUGCUUUGAACCAUUAGGAUUUAAUACCACCUAUGCAGAAAUGCCUAAAGAAGAGAAAAACAAGAUUUCACAUAGAUUUAAAGCACUUGACAAACUUAGGGAUCAUUUUAAAAAUAGUAAUGCUAGUUAAGUUUAUAUUUAUCUAGUUUUAAUAUCUGUAGCUGGGAAUAAAGUAUUAUAGAUUUUAUAGUUAAAAUUCAAAAUUGUUAAAAACAAUUCUUUUAUCUGUAUAUUAAAAAAAACCUUAAAACCGAGAAAUAUAAGGAAAAUUGAUUCUUUUUUCUUUCUCUCUAAAUUACUCUUAUUAGUUGUUUUUAACUAUAUAAAAUAUAAAAUUUGUACUGAGAUUUUGUAGUACAACAAAUCUUUGAAUUUUAGAAAUGUAAAUAAAAUAGACGUUCUCGUAUUAAAAA